AUGUCGGCUGCCUCGUCGUCGGCUGCGCACUCGCCACAUGAAGGUAUAUCACCAGGUACCACCCUCACGUCCAUUUUUGCUUCUAUCAAUCAGUCCCUGUCAGCGUCAGCGCAUCAUUAUCCAGGUUCGAGUGGCUCAGCAAGCGCACCAGCUUCUGCUCAGGCAUCCGGAUCGCGUACUGCUGUGCGCUACAUGCCCUCAUUUUCGUCGGCAGUUGUGGGCCCCUCAUAUUCAACCGUCCUGAUGCAGUCCUCAGGAGCCGGUCCGACUUCAUUCGUGUUGCCAAUGGCAUCUUCGUCUGUGUCCGUGUUAAAUCAUCAGCAGCGAGAAAAAGUUCGUCAGUGGAUACGUAAAGAAGGUUUGUUGCCGUCGUCUGUGUACUUGUUUCAGCUGUUCCUUUCGAAGAUCGCCUAG